ACCACCACCACGCCUACUAACUAUUCCAGAUAUCUACCUACCUAUCUAAAUAUCAGUCAGAUGUCCCAUUACACCAUGCUGGAUAUCUACCUAGUAGGGCAACUCCCACUGGACCAUGGUCGAACUUGUUGUUGUGACCAGCCAACCAGCAUCCCGGCCGCUGACUGCCCCGUGGCGCCCGGUGCCUUUUUUGCCCCCUCUAGCUUUUCCAAUUUUUGUUACACGUCUUCAUGCAGGAUAUCAGUCAGAAUAGGACGGGAGAUGGAAGGGGACUUAUGUCGAACUACUGUGGGUGCAAUGUGGUAUGUACUCCUACCGUGGUAUACUGCAGGUGCAUUUCCAGCUCUUUGUCUGCUGUUGGGUGGUAUGGUCAGGUACGACGGUACGGCGGCUUACGGGGUUAGCACCCUAGUGGUGAUCCUGUACGGUAAGAUACAAGGCUAGCGCACGAUCCAAGUCAUCCACUCUCACUUCUCACAUCUCACUUCUACCUGAUUAUCGGUCUUUCCGAUUGAAGCGGACAAGAAGAAGAAAUAAGAAAGGAAAAGAUAAACAGUCACAACAAGAACAGACAAAGUCAAAACUCCAGACCCCAACUAAACACC